UGUCGUGUAGACCUGGGAUCUGUCAACACAGAGAUGUGACGAUAUGUGCGUGUGUCUGUCACGAGUAAAAACAGCGCGAGGAUCUCUACAUCCAUAAAGUUCAUACGCGCGCAUCACACGCGCAACAAUAACAAUCAGUGCAAUAUUCUGCUGUUUACUGCUGCUGCCAUAUCCAAUCCAAAAGACUGUCACUAGAACACAAGGUGACUGACCAGCUUCUGUGGGAUUUGAUGUCACCUUUAGAUCGGUUCAACUGAAGAUGGAAACACUGGAGUCGGAGCUGACGUGUCCAAUCUGCCUGGAAUUGUUUGAGGAUCCUCUCCUGCUGCCCUGCGCCCACAGCCUGUGCUUCAACUGCGCCCACCGCAUCCUGGUCUCGCACUGCUCCAGCACCAAGCCCCUCGAGUCCAUCUCCGCCUUCCAGUGCCCCACCUGCCGCUACGUCAUCACGCUCAAUCAGCGCGGCCUGGAGGGCUUGAAGCGCAAUGUGACGCUGCAGAACAUCAUCGACCGCUUCCAGAAGGCUUCUGUCAGCGGGCCCAACUCCCCCAACGAAAGUCGCCGGCCGCGGCCCUACAGUGCCACGCUCGGCGGGAGCGCGCGGGGGAGCCCCGCCGGUAGCGCCAUGUCCGUCGAGCGCGUCGGCUGCCAGUUUUGCGAUCAGGAGCCACCACGGGAGGCGGUGAAGACCUGCGUGACGUGCGAGGUUUCGUACUGUGACCGCUGCCUGCGGGCCACGCACCCCAAUAAGAAACCUUUCACCAGCCAUCGUCUGGUAGAGCCGGUGGCAGACUCUCAGCUGCGUGGACUGGCCUGUCUGGAGCAUGAGAACGAGAAGGUGAACAUGUACUGUGUGGUGGACGACCAGCUGAUCUGUGCUCUCUGCAAGCUGGUGGGUCGGCAUCGCGAGCACCAGGUCACAUCGCUAAGCGAUCGCUUCGACAAGCUAAAGGCUUUUCAAGUGAGCCCUGCCAGAGUUUCUGAAGCUGUUAUGGAGGCAUCAAAGACGAGCGCCGCGCAAACCCUGGAGAAUAACCUAACCAAUCUGGUGAAGAGAAACAGUGAGCUGGAAAACCAGAUGGCUAAACUCAUCCAGAUUUGCCAACAGGUGGAGGUGAACACAGCCAUGCAUGAAGCCAAGCUGGUGGAGGAGUGUGAUGAAUUGGUGGAGAUAAUACGCCAGAGGAAACAGGUCAUUGCUGUCAAGAUCAAAGAAUCCAAGGUGAUGAAGUUGAGGAAGUUGGCCCAGCAGAUUGCAAACUGCAGACAGUGUUUAGAGCGUUCCAGUGCCCUCAUCACCCAGGCUGAGCUCAGUUUGAAGGAAAACGACCACACCCGCUUCCUCCAGACAGCCAGGAAUGUUGCUGAGAGAGUUGCCAUGGCCACAGCCUCCUCUCAGGUCCUCAUCCCAGAUGUCAAUCUAAACGAGGCCUUUGACAACUUCGCCCUCGAUUUCUCCAGAGAAAAGAAAAUCCUGGAAGGACUGGAUUACUUAACAGCACCCAACCCUCCAUCCAUACGAGAAGAGCUCUGCACAGCCUCUCAUGACACCAUUACAGUACACUGGACCUCUGAAGAUGAGUUCAGUGUCACGUCAUACGAGCUUCAGUACACCAUCUACACUGGUCAGACCAACUUUAUCAGUCUGUAUAACUCAGUAGAUAGCUGGAUGAUCGUGCCCAACAUCAAGCAGAAUCACUACACAGUCCACGGUCUUCAGAGCGGCACCCGUUACAUCUUUUUCGUCAAGGCUAUCAACCAGGCGGGCAGCAGAAACAGUGAACCUGCUCGUCUCAAAACCAACAGCCAGCCGUUCAAACUGGACCCCAAAACAGCCCACAAGAAGCUGCGUCUGUCUAAUGACUGUCUGACCAUGGAGAAAGAUGAAAGCUCUCUGAAGAAGAGUCACACUCCGGAACGCUUCAGCGGAACGGGAUCGUACGGAACCGCCGGCAACGUCUUCAUCGACAGCGGCUGCCAUUAUUGGGAGGUCUUACUGGGAGCCUCCACAUGGUACGCGAUCGGUGUGGCCUACAAAUCUGCACCCAAAAACGAAUGGAGCGGUAAAAACUCGUCCUCCUGGGUUUUCUCGCGCUGUAACAACAACUUCCUGGUGCGACACAACAACAAAGAGUCACUGGUGGAGGCAUCGCUGCAGUUGCGCAGGGUGGGCGUGCUGCUGGACUACGACAACAACGCCUUGUCCUUCUACGAUGCCAUGAAUUCCCAGCACAUAUACACUUUUGACGUUUCUUUUCUGCUUCCGGUGGCUCCCACCUUCAUGAUCUGGAAUAAAUCUUUGAUGAUCAUGUCAGGACUGCCCGUGCCUGAUUUCGUGGACUGCUCCGAGCACCAGGAGAGCAUCUGUCGCCAGCAGGAUUCACCGUAUGUGUCCGGUAUGAAAAGUUGCCACUGAGCGGAGUUUCAGGGGUUUCUGGGCCCGAUGGGUUUCCUGCCUCCAGUUUUUUUUUCUUUGCCUGGUUUUUUAAAACUGGAAUGAAGUGCAGCUUGGUAUUAUGGAUGUUAAGUUGUUACUAAUAGUUCUGGGCACAAAAAUAAGUCAAAUCGUUUCUUAUGAGAGCUGAAAGGAGGAAAUGAAAUUGUACAUUAUUUAUAACUAAUGGUUGGUUUGCUUUUUGUCAGUUUUAAUGUAUCCCUAAAAGCACUUUUUAGAAUUGCCCCCAUGUGUAAAUGACAGGGUUGGACUUGGUUUUGGUCUAGAUAUAGGGAUUAAAGUGGAUAAAAUGGAUGAUUGGUCUAACACACACUCGUUUCAUAUUCAGGGAGCGAAAAAUAUACUUUGAUUUAUAAUUUGUCUAGAGAUAACGGCAUGAUAUGUAUUUCCUCUGUGAUUUGUUCUCACUAUCAGUUUUUUUGGGUUGAGUUUUUUGUGAAAAGCAUGAGGCACAAAUUCCCCAGGUGUUUUUAUGUGUAUCUUUAAUAUUUGGUAUAUGAUUCCUAAUGUACCACAAUAUCCCAUCAGUGGAUACCUUCUUUCAUAUUCAAAACCACAGUAAACAUCACACGGGCAUUUGUCACAGAUCCAUUCAUUCGCAAAUAUAUGAAUUGGCGACUAAAGUGUUUUAUCUGUGCUGUGACUCGUGAACGUUAUUUCAAUCGAGCGUCCAAACAAAUAUUACCGCAUCGUCAUACCGUAUUCUCUACAGUUAUAUUAGUUAUGAAUCUUUCACGAUCUUCCUCUGUGUGAUAUUCAGGGCUGUAAUAAGGACACCCAGAGCUGGGUUCGUAAGACAAUCACUUGUGCUCGUGCAGGCAAAAAAAUCAAGCGUGUAGCAAAAGAUCUUUGCAAUAGCAUGUUAAACCUUAUUUGAAGGCUGUUUUCAUUGUAAAUAUGCAGAUUAGGAAGUAUUCAUACAGUACUACUACUGACAGCACUGCAGUAUGUCUCCGCAAGUGCUUAGUGUAAGCGGGUUUGUCUCAUUUCUCAUCUAAAUGAGCAGGAAUGGUCUUAUUUGUUUUUUAUAUCUGAUUGAAAGCACAGAGAUUCAUUUCAUAAGGUAGUAUGUUACUUUUCCUGGUGGGGAAAUGCAUUCGCUGAUUUGCAUUAAAGGAGUCAUUCGAGUCAGGAAAUGAAGUUUAGCACUAAACAUUGCAGUGCAGUUCUCCACGAUUGCUAGGUUGUUAUGCCUGCAAUGGGUUACUGCGAUCUGGAGGGCAUUCAACCCCACCGUCCUGUGGAGUUCAGGUCCAACCUCAAUCAAACACACCUGUACAAGCUUAUCUGAUCUCCAGGAUUAUGGGAACAUUACAGCCAAUUGCUUUUGAUAAGUGUUGGGUCUGAACUCUGCUGGAUGGUGGCCCUCCUGGAGCAGAAUUGAAUAAUUGAAUUGCUCUGCUUUACCAGGGCUGGACAGCACUACAAUUCAGACACCUGAAUUGACUCUUUCAUCCUACAGUUUGCAUCUUUGACUGAAAAUAGAUUUUACAUUUUUUUGUAAGGGAUCAUCUCUUUUCUCUCAAACUAAUUUUAUUACUACAGGUCCAUUGUGACAUAUUCCAGUCUAAAGUUGAGGAGCGUGACAUCAUAGAAUGAUGGGAUUAGGAUUGGAUGGUCAGUUUAGGGUAUAGAGAUCUAUCUGUUAUUUAUCUCACAGUUCAUCCAGCUUCAUUUCUUCAUGUCAGCUUCAUCUUGUUUUAUCUAUACUUUGGUUUUAAUAGCUGCAGGCAUUGCAUUGUUUUUUUAGCAUUAUAAUGAUUUCCGGUGAAUACCAACUGUGGCAUGACCAGCUUGGUAUUUAAGGGCAAGCAUAGAUAAAGUAAUGAUGGAAACCAGUUUCACUUGAUUUGUCAAACAACCAAUUAAGGCCGAAGUAUUGUCCAUUUUUAUGUGUACGCAAGGGUCCCGUGCAGUGCGCAUGACGCAAUUUUCAUUAUCAGAGGAGUGUGCAUGUACUGUACAGGGUUCCCACGGGUCUUUGAAAUCCUUGAAAGUUUGUGAAUCUGGGGAGAAUUCAAGGCCCUGGGAAGUUACCGAAAAUAUACAUACAUAGAUACAGGUCAUUGAAAGUGCUUGAAUCUAUUUAAAAAAAAUCCAUAUUCCCUGUGUAGUGUAGGAUAAUAUCAUAAAAAUUCUAGACAUUUAAGCACACAUGCUAAACUGUUCGCUUUAAAUGCUUAUAUCUUUUGUAUGCGAAUGUUGAUUCAUACCACAAUGCUUUUUUGCAAAGUUGUGUUGACACAUGAAAACGUCUUGGGUUACGUAUGAAAAGGGAACGAGGUAUGCGUCUCCCUUGCCAUACUGCCUGCUUCCCUGUAACGCCAUCUUUGGCAAUAUUUCAGAUAGCGAUAUACUUCCUUGCUCCUGUGUAACCCUGUCUUUGUCGUUAAGACUCCCCAUUGGUUAAAUUUGAAUUACACAUUCAGACGCACUUACCCCUGGAGGCGUCCCCAAAGUGUCACCGUAGUAAAAUCUUAAAAGGUAACAUGAUGUAACCUUGGUCUCACUUGAAAUCUGUCCCCACAUUUAGUCCUUGAAUUUGAGAGUAUUGGACCUGGAAAGUCCUUGAAAGGUCCUUGAAUGUGAAGUUAACUAAGGUGUGGGAACCCUGACUGUACAUGCACCGCAGGAUUUUCGAAAAUCAAAAAGAUACGUUGCAUUUUGUCGCAAUGCACAUGCGUCAAGAAAUUGACACGUACGAGUCAAAGAAAUUGCUUUGCAAAGUUGGGCAUUCGACCGUGCACAUACGUUAGCGUACACACAAAAAAACGCACUACCCUCCAGGUUUCAGUCUUUUCAGUUUUGUUAUGCUCGAUCAGUAAAUCAAAAGUCAAAAACAACUGAAACAGACACGUUUUUGAGUUCUGCACAGCUGAAAUAGCAGUCAGUGUGGGAGGCUUGUACUACAGCCAUGUCAAACCAUUUUCACCAAUUUCUGUGUGAACACACCCUCACAUCUGCCCUGUCCCUCAUCUCAGUCACUCUUGGAUCAAUGUUGUCAGUGCUCUGAUUGGUUGGCUGCAGCAGUCACUGUCAUGAACUUUGGCCAUGAUGCUAAAACAGCAAAUUGUGUGCAUCAGCCUUUAUUGCCAUUUAUCAUUGAUGAUAUCUGCGAAAAUCUUAAGUAACUAUUAGAGAUCUGCUUUCUUUCAGGUCACUAACCAUGUGAAAGUUAAAUUCCAGGCUUUUAAGAAGUUAGCAAAUGUGAGGGGCUCUAAAGCGAAGCCCGCGAGUCUCUCGUAGGGGCUGUUGAUCUGUGAUCUAUACCGACAUGCUCAAUCCAUUUGUUCAAGCUUCACUGGGUCACUGCAUGAUGAUCUGGCACAGACCCGAAGCGAUUCCGGUGAUACUCUAUUUUUUUUAUGAAAAGCUGCAGGAAAGAUAUUAUUGUCAUAUCAGAUUUCAACUUAGCCGUGUUUUUUUUUUGCAUUAAUGCAAUUAUUGCAUUAAACUGGUCAAUUAAAUACAUUUCUGUUUUCACAGUAUAUGAUUGUUUUGACAUUUCUGGGGGGAUUAAAGAAAUGAUGAUGAAUCUUAUUUGAUAUUUCAGUCUUUUAUGUGUGCAAGCAGCUGUGUGUUCAUUAACAUAAUUCUCCUGUUUCAAUAAAUAUGACUUAGCAAGAAAAGAAUGUAAAUCAUAGGAGGAAAUAUAUAUUAUAUAAAAUUGUAUAAUAUACAAAUAUAUUUAUGAACUAUUGUUAUUUAUGUGAGUCCAAAUAAAAGUCUGAUCCCAAAUCUGUCAUUGUCCUAUUUUGUGCUGUUUUGCAAAAGGAGGUUAAUAAUGCCAAGUUAUCAUGCCUGUGGGUUUAUAAACAUGAGUGCAUUGAAGGCUAUGGCAGGGCACCAAGUAGGGUGGUGCUUAUGUUCCUCAACUGUUAAAUCUGACACAUGAGAGGGUUUGACACUGAUGGUACACGGCACAAAGGUCACUCUAACAGUUUUCUGCAGUAUGAGCCUAAAUAACAUACAGUGCCCCAAAAGCUAUACCUAAAACUGUAUGUAUUAAU